AAAAAAAAAUUCCUUCUCGUCGCGUUCCUUGCUCUCCUCUCCCAACCUCUCUUCACUUCACCAAGUGACGACGAACAUACAGCUCGUCAUAAAUCAACGCGGAGACAUUUGAUUCAGCUCGUCCGAAUCAUCUCUCCCGGCGUUUCUCUUCGUUUCGUUGUCCUCCUUUUCGAGAGACACUCUCCACUCUUAAGACAUUUUUUUUCCCGCAAGGAAAAAAAGCCAGAGUGCAGGAAACCACCCCUCAGGAGAAAAAAAAAAAGCGUGCGCACGCAUAUCGAGCGCUGCUGUUUGCCGAUAGUUCUUCGUCGCCUCGACCACCGGCCGACGUGCAUCUUGAGACAAACCGACCACACUCUUUUCAUCAAUUUCGAUCGCAAAAACAAAAAUCAAGGCGGGAUUUCUCGAAAUUGCCCACGGUCCUGUCCAUCAAGCGACAGCCGACGCAACUACCGCCCGACUUCCGUGACCGAAGUUUAUCUAAUCAUCUUGGCCAACCCACGCCCGACUCGAAUUUGACAUUCGGUUCUUUCCAAGCGUGACCUGUUGACAGCUCGCUUUGCGACCGCGAUAUAUUUCUACAUCAUCCCUUUCUCAUCAACACGACGCUCCCACGACUGACGAAGAUCCGCAAGCCUUAUGACGUCUCCUGCAAGCACACAGGACCAAAACCCGGCGCAGAAUCCUAGUGCUUCCUCGGCCACGUCGUAUGCUUCAGCCGCCGGUGCUGCGAAGAAGCCUUCCUCGACGCCGCUGAGCGCACAAGGAUCGAACCCUCCGCCUGUGGUGGUUGGUUCGUCUGCGCCUGGUAAUCCGCAGCAUGGCAACAAGGCCGCUGCGUCGCCUGUGAACGGCCGACCAGCCAUCACGCCCGCCAUUCCCGCUGUCACUGGUGCCACUAAUGGCCACGACCGGAAAACCUCAGUCACAAUCAGCGCCAACGGGCCCAGUUACGCUGCCAACGGAGGCCCCGUAGGCGGCCCUAAGGGUAAUAUUCAGUUUGGCUAUAAGGAGUCGCCUGGUAUUGUCCACAGCACCCCUCAGCAGGGAACCACGGCACCCAUCCCUAUCCCAGGCAACAGCGCCAGAGUGCCUUCUCCAGCACACUCACCAUCCCCUAUCCCCCAACCCUCGGCUAGCGGUGGCAGACCGCCCUCGAUGAUGGCCCAGGAUGGAGGACCAAGCAUGAAGUUCGGAAGCCUCGGCGGUGAUGGCGAGCGGCACAUGAAGCACCUUUCCCAAGGCCCCCACAACAUGGGAUCAGGAUCUCCUCACAUGCGUCACGGCAGCACACACUCUGUUCAUGACAGCAUGCCAAGCCACGCGGGUCCGGGAGCUGGCCGAGGUGGAAACUUCGCUUCCUCCGGUGGACGCGGCCGCGGAGGUUACAAUAACCAGGCCGGCUACAACAACCCGAUGGGCUACCCUCCGACCGGUCAGUAUGGCCGUGGUGGCGCACAUGCUGGCCAAGGUCGUGGUGGCAUGCCUUACCAACAGAACCAGCGGGGCAUGGCUCCUUACCCGAACUCUCCCCAACCCCGAGGCAGCCCUGCUAUGGGCAAUGCCAUGCCGAACCCUGGCACUCCGACCAUGAACGCAUCUCUCCCUGUUCAUCCUCCUCAGCAAGGCUAUAACGCAUACAUGCCGCCUGCCUAUCCUAAUCAGAACUAUGGAUUCGCACCCCCCUUCGAUCCUCGUCAGCAGGGUAUGAUGGGUAUGGGUUACCAGUAUCCGAUGGGCCCCAAUAUGCCACCCUACGGCAUGCCCCCGCAAGGCCCCUCUCCUUCGCCGGGAUUCUCGCAGCAGUCUUAUCCUCCGGGCCCCUACACUCCCCAAGCCCAACCUAUGUCCCGUAACGCUUCGCAGGUGUCUGAACGUCCUAACUCAAGCACCGGACACCAGCAAGCCCCCGCUAACCCUCAAGGUCCCCCUCCUCACCAUACCCCGACCGCCAAGCCCGCAGUUGUGUCAUCUGGGUCGUCGUCUUUCGUAAUUCCCAAGAAGACCACUGCCAAGAUCACCAUCAAGAAUGCUGCAGGUGAGGCAGUUGACUUCAAGGCUCUUAAGCCCCCCGCGUCACCCGCACCUAGCUCUCAGCAGGCCAAGACUCCACCAGUUACCAGCUCCACUCCCACGCCACCUCCUAAAUCGGCCACACCAUCGCACACUCGCUCCGAUAGUGCAUCCAACCUCAAGACCGCUGAGCAGAAGAGGAGUGAGUUUAUGGAGCAGGUUCGGAAGACUGCUGCCGGCGAUGCGAAGGAAUCUGCUGCCGAGGAGACGGCCGAGAAAGCAACUGAUAAGGCUCCGGCGGAUGCUGCUACUGAUAAGGCCGAGCAGCCUUCUCCUGUAGAAGAAGCAAAGGGUUCAGAGGUCAAGGAAGAAUCCAAAGCCGCUCCCGUAGAGGAAGAGCAGAAGGCCGAGGCUGCUGAUGCUCAAGGCGAGAACCCAGCAGACGAAAAGGCCGAAGAGGCUACUGAGACUGAAGAAGAGCGUUUCGAGCGCGAAAUCCGCGAGAUGGAAGAACGUGAGGCUGAAGAAGAGCGCCGACAGGCCGAAUAUGAUGCCAAGAAGAAGGCUCAAGCUGAGGCUAAGAAGGCGCAGGACGAAAAGGACCGCGCGAAGAAUGCCGCUGAGAACGACCGCAAGCUUCGUGAGCAGGAAGCCGAGAUGGAAAGGCUUGAGGAAGAGAAGGAACGCAAACGCGCUGAAGCCGAAGCUUCCGGCAAGUCUGAGUCUGUUGCCGACAUGCUCGCUGGCAAGAGCUCAAAGGCUCCCGUGAAGGCUGCUGAUGGCAUCAGCUCAGUUACCGACAAGCUUGCAAGCCUUUCUGUCAAAGAUGGCGCCUCCGGCAAGUCUGGAAACUCGGAGAAGACCAAGUCGAAGCCUGCUGCGCUCAACCUUGCUCCUCUUAAUACAAAGCCAGUGGAGCCUCCUCAACCUAGCGCGGCUCUCCAGUCACUCAAGUCGGCUCGAUUCCUCGAGGUCAUUGCGCCUAGUCUGUAUCCCGCUGGCAUCCACUCUCCCAACCCAGCGCUCAACUCUGCCGUGUCCAAGAAGGGCAAGAGCUUCAAAUAUGACGCCAACUUUUUGCUCCAAUUUCAGAAGGUUUUCACGGAACAGCCUUCGAUGGAAUUCGGCCAGCAGGUGAAGAGCCUGAUUGGAGACGGUGACAGGACUGGGUCGGCUAGGACACCGGCUUCAUCCCGCCAACCUUCUGGUCGUGGUGGCGCUGGAGCUUCUGGCGGAUUCCCCGGCGGCUCUUUCAUGAACCCCGGCAAGCCUGGAUCUGCGUUUGGCAACAUGGGUCCGCCUGCUAGAGGAGGUGGCUCAAUGGGUCCUAUCGGAUCCUUCCAGAGACCGUUCCCUGGAGGUACUGGGAUGACACGCAACCCCUCGCAAUCCGGCAUGCAGAUUCCUGGAUCUCCGCGCCAAGCUAGCAGGCGAACAGGCAGCAAGCGCAACGAUUACUCGAAUGCCAAGCAGGAAGCACAGGCUGCUAAGACCAUGCCUCUUACUGCCGGCAUGGAACUGAAGCCUAUCGCCACAACUGCGUCCGGCUGGAAGCCCAUGAGCCUUACCAAGGGCGCUCCGCAAAACGCCGGUACAGGCUCGCACAUGGAGCCCGAAAUCGUCCAGCGUAAGGUCAAGGCCGCGCUCAACAAGAUGACGCCUGAGAAGUUCGACAAGAUUGCCGAUCAAAUUUUGGAGAUCGCUGCUCAGUCUAAGGAUGAACAGGAUGGCCGUACCCUGCGCCAGGUCAUCCAGUUGACUUUCGAGAAGGCCACCGACGAAGCGCAUUGGGCCUCGAUGUAUGCCAAAUUCUGCAAGAGGAUGCUCGAGACCAUGAGUGCCGAGAUUCGCGACAUCAGCAUCAAGGACAAGCACGGAAACGUGGUCAGUGGUGGUGCCUUGUUCCGCAAGUACCUGCUUAACCGCUGCCAGGAAGAGUUCGAGCGUGGCUGGAAGAUGGAUCUGCCUGAGCCCAAGGAGGGUGAUGAGAAGAAGACGGGUGAAGCCGCCAUGCUUUCCGACGAGUACUACAUUGCCGCGGCCGCCAAGAGGCGUGGUUUGGGUCUCGUUCAGUUCAUUGGUGAGUUAUACAAGCUGGGCAUGUUGACGGAGCGCAUUAUGCACCAAUGUGUGCAGAAGCUUGUCGACUACAGCGGCAUUCCCGACGAGGCCGAAGUCGAGUCCCUGUGCAAGCUGCUACGUACGAUUGGUGCGAAUCUGGAUCAGAACGCAGACAAGACUCAGGGUAGGGCCAUGAUGGAUGCCUACUUCGACCGGAUCAACACCAUGAUCAACCUGCCCGACCUCCCCAGCCGUCUCCAGUUCAUGUUGAUGGAUGUUGUCGAUCUUCGCAAGGGCGGUUGGGUUUCCAAGGAGGCCAACAAGGGCCCCAAGACCCUCGACGAGGUUCGUGCCGAGGCCGAGGCCGCAGCGGCUCAGAAGGCUGCCGAGAACGCUCGAACCAACCAGAGGGGUGGUCCCAGGCCGCCAAUGGGCGGCCGUGGCAGUGAUAUGCGUGGCAUUUCGGGCUAUGGCCAACCGCAACAGAACCAGAACCAGGUCGGCAUGGACGACUUGAGGAGGCUCAAGGGAUCCGCCAUGCGCACAUCAUCACAGAACGCCACCUUUGGUCCUACCUCCAUGUUUGCCAGUCGCAGCAACAGCGGCCGCGCCAGACUUGGUGCUGGUGGACCUUUCGGCCGUGCUGGUGAGGAGUCGGGUGCGUCGUCACGAACCGCGACGCCACCGACGAGGGAAUCUACGUCAAACGCAAAUGCGUUUAGCUUGCUUGCGAACAUGGAGACGGAGAACCCAACCUCGCCCCCAGCCGUGUCGCCAGCCAUGACCAAGGCUACUCCUGACACUGGCGAUAAAGACAAGAAAUAAUCAAAGAAGAGCUGGCAACUCUAUGACGCCGUCCUAUCUCUUGUUUGUCUUUUUUUCCUCUCGAGCAACGCCCGUUUUCAUGUUUGCCCCUCACCCUUGUAGGCAAGGGAGGGAGCGUGCGUCUUCUGCAUUGUCCAUGAAUGCAUAGACGGGGCAGGUUAUUUGCAUUUACAGGGUUUUCAAAAAUGAGUAAAUCGUUCGUGUUUACAAAAGCGGUUUUUUUCGUCUUUUUUUUCUUCUUUCUCCUUUUACCUUACAAUGAUACCUGCCGAUCCUUGUUACACGUCCUCAUAUUCAAACUCGAUAGACAGGCUGGUUCGGGCCACUUUUUAUGUCCCAGACCAGGCGAAUCCUCAUGCUCUCCUCCAUCCCGGACCGUAUUUUCCAUCUACAUUUACACAACCACUAAUAAGGCCUGCAUGGGGGGACGGAGCUUUUACUCACUCUUCACUUCCACAACAUGUUUUAAUUUAGAAGUUUCAAAAGUCUGUCCUGGAGCGCGCCUUGAGUUGGUCGGGGGGUGACCGGGAAGGGUGGCAAGGGGAAUAUCUCAUUGGUAUUUUGAGGCGCGAUGAGGACGAGGUUGCCCUUCCCACUGUUUUGUUAUGAUGAAGGUUCUCUGGGUUGACGCACGUAUUUACUCCUUUGCUGCUCUUUCUAUUUGAUGACUUUUUGUUCCUGCUUUCUCUCGUCUCGCCUCUGGUUUUGUGUCUGUGUUUUCCCGAGUUCCUGGAUUUUGGUCUCGCCUCACUUGCUAAUAUACAGACCCAAAUGGAUUACUCCAAAAGAGUUUAGUUUUGACCGUGUUUUCUUGCUCGCUUUGUUUUGCAGUGGGUUGGUCUAGCACAUGCACACAAAACGGGAGGCGUAUUUAUUUCAUCACAGUACUCACACACAACACGGGUUGCUCAGGCGAGCUCAUGUGAAGGAGGUGACGCGGAUGGGCAAUUUUUCACCUGACGUGUUUGUUUCUUCCACGAAGAAGCCUUCAAAGGCUAGAUUUUGACUCUCGCCUCUUGUUAUAUGGAGCACAACAGUAGAUUCUUUUUGGCCCUGUGUGUAUUUGCAUUGCACAUGUUGAGUAUUUUCUGACUGGCCCAACUCAAAUAUGCAUGCCAAUUGUUCUCCCUGCCUAGACUAGUCUAGUAUCCAAAAUCCGAAAUUGAGAAGUCUAUGAAAAGUAGCGAGAGAAAAACAUAGAAUAAAAAAAUAAGCAGGAGGGUCAUACUUGUAAACAGAAACAAGUUGUAUGUCUAUUAUAUUAUGCGUUUGAGGUAGCCAUCCC